AUGCUACCCAAUAGCGCCCACGGGAUGUCCGAGCCGACAGCGCCAAGUCGACCGAUCGCCCGGAGAAAGCGGAAACCCUUGUCUUGUUCUCUCUGCCGACGACGAAAAUUGGCUUGCGACCGUGAAUAUCCGUCCUGCACUCGAUGUCGAAAAACCGGGAACUCUGAAUCCUGCUCAUACGAGGAUCCUCCUGCUCCAUUGCGUCAGAAUCAGCGAAGAUCAGACGUGUCGGGGCAAAACAGACCGGUGCUAACUGCAGCUACCCCUGUCCUUAGGAACACUGCCUCCUCCUCCUCACUAGAGGGCUAUAGAGGCAAUGAUGACAAUCGACCUAUUGCCUCGGACCUGACGGAAUAUGCAGAUACUUGGCAGCUGUUAGGUGGUGAUGUCGAUGGAGCAACGACUGGUAAAGAGCGACCGGCCAUUAAAGCCGACGUGACUGAACUGACAUAUCCUCCUGAGCCAAAGCCAACCGAGGCUGUUGUCUUCCGAGGGGAGAAUUACAGGACACAGUAUUAUGGAAGUACAAACCCGACUAGCUUGAUCGGUCAUUUCCCCGAGCUCCGUUCUUACAUGAAGGAGACAAUCAAGCACCAUGCUUCUUUACCUGGAGUCCAAAAAGAGCUGAAGGCAUUGGAUACGAAGUGGAAAUACGAGAAGCCCAGUAACCUGCCGGUCAAAACGGCAGACUUGUUGCUUUUGCUCCCUGACCAGACAGAGAUGGACGCAUCCAUUCGGCUAUAUUUCGACACAUUCGAAACGAUGUAUAGAAUUGUGCACAGACCGACUUUCAUGGAAGAAUAUGACCAAUUGCAGAAGGACCGGACUGCUGCGAAGCCAGGAUUUAUUGUCCUCGUUCUACUGAUCUUGGCUACCGUCAGCUGCACGACGGAAACCGACCGAACUUACGUAGGCAGCAGUAGUAUUGGUCGAGAACAGGGGUCAUUGUGGAUUGAAACCGCGGAAGCAUGGCUUGGAAAGCAAAGCAGGAAAAACAUCUACUUAGCCAUAUGGCAGAUUCGCUGUCUACUCGUGCUCGCAAAACAAAUGUGCCGCUACAAAAAGAAGCGCAUGUGGUCGGUGGCAGGCGACUUGGUGAGAGAGGGAAUGGCGGCUGGGUUUCAUCGCGACCCAAGUCGUCUGGGAGGCAAGAUAACCUUUUUCGAUCAGGAGAUUCGCCGGCGACUGUGGGCAACAAUGACGGAGUUGGAGUUGCAGGCUUCAGUGGAGCGCGGAAUGCCUUCUGCCUUAGCUGCAAUUCGAAUGGACUGUGCCCCUCCAGUUGACAUUGAUGAUGAAGAUCUCAGGCCCGAAUCCGAUCCUACACAGAUACAAGGAUCAUCCGGUGACAGUCCUUCGACUUUCUUCUUGCGUCUAUGUAGGAAUAGCCUGGACUUGCGUGUGGCAUUGAACUCUAGGAUGAAUGACCUCACCUCAGAUUUGCCAUAUGAGGAUAUCCUUAGAUACGAGGAUAUAAUCAUGAAUGAACUUCGGAAGCUCCCUUCUCCAGUCGAGAACAACGAGAAUACUAAUGACAGUAGGCUUUCACAAAUGGCAAGGACCGUUUUGGAUUUGCAACUCCGGCAAUUCUUGGUCUUGCUUCACGCCCCCUUCGCCAGGAAGACAGAAGGAAAUUCACGAUAUGCAGUGUCAAGGAUGGUUUGUUUCAACGCUGCUGCCAGCAUGAUCGAUCAGCAUUGGCGGCUGGUACAGUCGGGAAACCCAAUGCUAUUGCUCUUAAGACAUGACUACUUCCGAGGAGCGUUAAACCUUUCUCACUACGCAUAUUUAUCUUCAGAUAUUCGAGCCGAUCUAUGUGUCCCAGUGGAUCGCGACGCAUUACUGCAAUAUAUUCAAAACGCCCUCACUAUGCUGGAGGACAGUAUCACCUAUCUUGGAACCGGGUUCACAUACCAUUGGUACAUCUCUGCUGCAAUAUCCUUUCUUCGAUCACAGACACAACCGGCAAAGUCCAGCACACUCAAGCAGGAAGCAAUCAACCAAGUUGUGAGACAGUACUACCGAGUGCUUGCGUCCCAAGAACAGUUCUCUCGUGCGAAGGAGAGGAUCUACUCCUCACAAUUCAGACAGAGAAACCCCUCGGAAGCUGAGCGCCAGUUCGACGUGUUAGACACAGCAGAGAUGUCCUUGGAUGAUGUCGGAUUUUCUCAGUUCGAUCCAACUGUUCCCACAAUGGAGCAAUAUUUCUUCGGUGACCCUGCCGCUUGGACAUUUGAUAAUCUCUGGGAGGUUGGGUAGACCACUGAAUUCUCUUCUAUACUGUCCU